GUGUGGGUGUGUGUGUGUGUGUGGUUUGUCUUAAUGGGGUCUUAGUGUGUGUUGUUUGUCUUAAUGGGGUCUUAGUGUGUGUGUGUGUUGUUUGUCUUAAUGGGGUCUUAGUGUGUGUGUGUGUUGUUUGUCUUAAUGGGGUCUUAGUGUGUGUGUGUGUGUGUGUGUGUGUGUGUGUGUGUGUGUGUGUGUGUGUGUGUGUGUGUGUGUGUGUGUUGUGUGUGUGUGUGUGUGUGUGUGUGUGUGUGUGUGUGUGUGUGUGUGUGUGUGUGUGUGUGUGUGUGUGUGUGUGUGUGUGUGUGUGUGUGUGUGUGUGUGUGUGUGUGUGUGUGUGUGUGCGCUUGUAUAUACAUUUAGAGUUAUUUUCUCACCACAAUUUUCUAGGAGCGUUUUUCUGUACGUCUUCUAUUUAGACUGUGUUAUUUCAGACUUUAUUGAAUUUUUCUAAAGAAAUCCCCAUCUUACCAGAGGCAGAGUGAAUGGCUCCUCGAUCGGGAAGAGUUGACAGGAAUUGUUCGGAAUAGUUUUGUUUUGUGUGAUGGAGAUGACCGACAGUACAGUGUAGAAGAUAGUACAGUAGGAGAGACUGCGUCUGUAGAGGAGGGGGGAGAGGUGGGUAGUUGUGUAAUAACACUGUGCAGGGGAAUCACCUUGGUAACGGUUGCCACGGGCAGGUGCUCAGCUAGAGGAGACGAUAACACAGGGCUUGGAAAACAGAGGGAUGUGGGAGGAAGCAGAGUUGUAGAUGAGUUUGGAUUUGUCCGUCCUCUUUAAACAGACAAGAAGGUCUUUGAUUGGUUUAUUGACGCCACCAUCCUUUUUGUCCAAUCAGGAGGGGAGCUCAGCAAGUCCAAACAAAACAAAGACUUGCAUUCUAUCUCUCUUUCUAUCUCUGUCACUCUCUCUUUUCUUUCUCUCCGUCUCUCACUCUUUCUUCUUUGUCUCCUACCCUCCCCCUCCUCCUGUUUCUGUCCAUGCUGUGUCAUCCAUGCAGACAGAAUGGGGGGGUGACUAUCUGGUGAAUCACAAGGCUGCCAGUGAUGGCGUACAAUAGUUAUGUGUGGGAGUCCAGGGAGAAAACUAGAUCGUUAGGCAGUGUGACAGGGCAGAGAGAGAGAGUCAGAGGCAGUGAGAGGAAGAGAGGUGAAGAGAGAGAGAGUCUUUUUUCAAUCUGUGCUGCAAGUGGAUAGUCGCCGGUAAUUUUUUCCCGGCUCCAUGAGGGAAGUGUACUGUUGUAGUCCGAGCCUGAGUGCUAUGUGCCGACAGAGUGGGCCAGAUGACCAAGACGUACAACGACAUCGAUGCCAUCACACGUCUGCUGGAGGAGAAAGAGAGGGAUUUGGAGUUGGCUGCCCGGAUUGGUCAGUCCCUACUCAAGAAGAACAGAACUCUGACCGAGCACAAUGACUACCUGGAGGAGCAAGUGGGGCACAUCGCAGAGGAGGUGGCCCAGCUGCACCAUGAGCUGAACCUGAAGGAUGAGCUGCUGCAGUUCUACACCCAGGCGGCGGAGGAGGGCGAGGAGGAGCCCGGCGACUCUCCGAGGAGGAGGGGUAAAGUAGGGGCUGCUUCUGGAGGCUUUGGGUCGGACCCGCUGCAGAUGAAACUCAAAGAGCUGGAAGAGGAGAAUCUGUCACUGCGCUCAGAGGCCAGUUACCUCAAGUCGGAGACAGAAACAUAUGAAGAGAAAGAACAGCAGCUGGUCAACGACUGUGUUAAGGAACUCAGGCUGUCCAGCCUCCAGAUCUCCACCAUCGCUGAGGAGCUGGCCAGGAAGACUGAGGAUGCCUCCCGGCAGCAGGAGGAGAUCACCCAUCUCCUCUCCCAGAUCGUGGACCUGCAGAAGAAGUCCAAGAUGUUUGCAGUGGAGAACGAAGAGCUCUCUCAGCACUUGAUUGCGGCAAAAGAUGCCCAGAGGCAACUUACAGCUGAGCUCCAGGAGCUGGAGGAGAAGUACCUGGAGUGCAUCGAGAUGCUCCACGAGGCCCAGGAGGAGCUCAAGGACCUCAGGAACCGCAGCUACCCCGCCGGGACCCCACGCCGCUUCCACCCCCUGGGUCUCUACCCCAUGGACUCCCUGGCUGCUGAGAUCGAGGGGACCAUGAGGAAGGAGAUGAGCCUCGAUGACCCUGAGUGUGAAGAACAGAAGGGCCACCGGCGGCGCGUGUUCCAGACGGUGAAGAACAUCAACCAGACGGUCCGCCAGCGCUCGCCCAUCCCGGGCUCCAACGCCAACAUCCCGGGGUCCAAUCAGACGCAGUCGUCCCGCUCCUCGCCGCUGUCCAGCGGCCCGGCCACGCCUCGCCUGUGCCCGGGGGACAUCGCCGGCGAGGGCGUCGGCCUUGACAACCGCGCUCAGAGCAUCCUCAUGGAGGCUGCGUCCAAUCGGGAGAGCUGCGGGGACGGCUCGGGGAAGAAGAGCGCGGGGGCCGAGGACCUGCGGCUGGCCCUGCGGCGCCUGUCCCUGCGGCGGCAGAACAACCUGAGCGAGCGGCGGUUCUUCGAGGAGGAGCGGGAGCAGCGGCGGCGGGGCCACGGCGUGCCCCUGGGCCUGGAGGGCGGGGUCACCCCCUCGGACAGCAUCAUGUCCCUGGGGAGCCUCCAGCUCUGGGCCCACCGGGGGGCCUACCUCCCCGACAAGCUGCAGAUCGUCAAGCCCCUGGAAGGGUCGGCCACGCUGCACCACUGGCAGCAGCUGGCCCAGCCCCACCUGGGGGUGAUCCUGGACGCGCGGCCCGGGGUCAUCCCCAAGGGCUACCGGCCGCUGGAGCUGGAGCUGGAGCAGGCGUUCCCCUGGGGCGGCCUGGAGGAGGACGAGCCCGGGGAGCAGUACUUCCAGAACCUGCCCACCACCUCGGCCACCGCCUCGCCCAUGGUGCCCUGUCCCACCAGCACGGCCCUCCCCCCCGGCCCCGCCGAGGGGGAGGGCCUGACCCCCCUGCCCGGCCCCGGCACCCCCUCCCCGUCGCCGCACCUCGCCAACACGGACCCGCUGGCUGCAUACUACCCAGGGAAGUGCAUGGCGCAUACCAGCUCCACCUACACCUUCACCACCUGCCGGAUCCUGCACCCCACCGACGAGCUGACCCGCGUCACCCCCAGUCUGAUCUCGGGCCCGGCCACCUCUUCCUGUGUGAUGACCAGCAGCCUGUUGGCCACGCCCAUCGCCACGCCCUGCACCCCACGGCGACUCGGCAUGAUCCCCUCCGAGUCCUCAACCAACCUCAGGGACGCCACGCGCACCACCAGCACCUCCCUGGGGCUAGUGCGCCUCCUGCAGGAGAGAGGCAUCUCUGCGGCCAUGUACCACCACCAGAGCCAGGGCCUGGAGCCCCCGCAGGGCAGCGAGGGGCUGCUGUUCAGCACCUCCGUCACCCCCCACCGCGCCCGCCCUUCCACCCCGCCCAACUCCCCCACCCGGUCGCGGGCCGGCGGGAGCGGGGGCUCUGCGGCGGACCCCGGCGGGGGCAGCGGAGAAGAGACGCCGCUGGGCUUCGACUUCAAGGGCCCCCCCUACGACAACUUCCUGACCUCCCGGCCGGCGCGCUCCAUCCUGAAGGACGUGGUGGAGGGGGGGUCCCGGGGCCGGCAGCGCGCCCGCGACUGCGAGUGCCAGACGGACGUCAGCGUGUCGGUGCAGCACCUCAACCUGCUGGAUAAGGUCAAGCGGCUGGGCGUGGCCGGGGCGGCGGGGGCCCGGGCGACCAGCCCGGGCCCCAUCCUCGGGGGGCCCCUGGGCGGGCUCCGCCGGUCGGGCUCCCCCUUCGGCCCCGAGGGGAUGCGGAGGAACAGGAGCUACCCGGCGAUGGUCGGGGCCAGCAUGGCCAUGAAGGGCCCGGGGCCCCAGGCGGAGUCGGAGAUCCUGCUGGCCGCCAGUCUGCCGAAGCAGCGGAGCCUGAAGGAGGGCGGCGUCGGCGGGGUCGGCGGGUGGGGCGUGGACCGGUCACCUGGAGCUCCCCCGAGCACGGAGCACUGAGGCGGGGCGGGGUUCAACCGACGGGGGGGGCGGCACACCCACCAGGCCGGUCUCAUGUGUAGCACUGUCGUGUACAAAACCACAGUUUUACGAUGUUUUGCGUACACAAGCACACACAAGCCCUCAGCCACCGGGGAACUCCCUGGGGGUCCUGGGAGCUCCCCGGUUCACCGGUCAGCCCCGUCUACCUAUGUUAACACGCUAUCCACAAGCAGCUCCUAUGGGGACGUGAGACGAGAUCAAAAAGCCGACACUAGCUUCCACUCCCUGUCCCUCUGCCUGUGCUUGUGUCUGUUCCCCAGCACAUGCACAUUCCCGUAGAUGCAUACCAACGUAGAAAGUCACCAUUUAAUGCUUUUUAAAUCAUAAACGUUGGCUACUUGCCGUUUAUGUAGCACUUCAACAAGCCUUUCUCCUUCACCUAUACUAGGUUAAGAAGCUACAUAAAAAAGGAUUUAAAACUCGACCUAUGAGGGCCAGGAACAUUCAUUCGAUUCUCUCUCACUGUGCCUGUCUUCCCACCCCUCGUUCUAGCCCUCUCUUCUCUCCCUCUUCCUUCCCCCUCUCUACUAUGAUCCCUCUCUUCUCUCUCGAUACCCCUUUUGAUUACAUCUUAAAAAGCUUUAUUACAAGGGGAAAUAAACAUUCACCUUGCCAAAGUAAAUCACCUUCAUCAGACCCUCGUCCCAUCUCUUUAUCUCUCUCUCUCUCUCUCUCUCUCUCUCUCUCUCUCUCUCUCUCUCUAACCCUUCUCUCUCUAACCUUCCGCCCUCUGUCUCUCAACCACAUGUCGCAGCCCUUCGUCUCCCCCUGAUAUGCAUCCCUCUUCCUCACAGGAUUAGCAAGACAGUCUCUUAGCGAAUAACUCAACUGAUUUUCCUAUCAGUAUUAACGACGCUUGGCUUUUGUCUCCUAAGUGGUCAUUAAAGGGGGGGGGGGGGGGGGGACUCACUCCAGAGAUCUAUACGAGUUUAGCACGGCUUGUGAAAGGGUGCGUGGCCUGUGUGGACACCGGAAAUGACGAGUAAAAUACAUUGUGGGAAAUGAGGUGCGCCUCUGCCCGUUUCUCUCUGUGGGUGCACAAGGUAAUAUCGGGCCGUGAGGUACAUUUUGUGACUGUGGACAAUCUAGGCCCGUUGUAUUUGUGAGGAAAAAAAAGGCUGCUCUGAGUAGGCAAAUAUAGGUGAAAAGAAGCCGUCAUGUUUGUUUUAUUUCGUUUUGAUUAUUCAGAACAAUCGCAAUGGCAUACAAUAAUAAAUUAAAUUAUUGAGCUUUUUAUAUUUAUGUUUCCUAAAUAUAUUUGUAAUAUUUGUUCACACAGAUUUACUGUGUGUGUUGGCUACGCAUUGGAUAGGUAGGCUUUGUGGUUCACAUUUUCAUGUGUAUAGAAUUUAUUUAUUAGAAAUGACACAGCUGAUGCAUAUACAUUGUUCACAUAUGAUGACAUAUUCGUGGGCAUUGAGUUUGUUUGAGUUGUUUUUUCAAAUACAAUUUCCAUCAUGAA